GUUCCUGAAAUGGCAAAACCUUUAGAUCACAUCAAGAGACCCAUGAACGCCUUCAUGGUGUGGUCCAGAGGCCAGAGGAGAAAGAUGGCCCAGGAAAACCCGAAGAUGCACAACUCUGAAAUCAGCAAGAGACUCGGCGCGGAGUGGAAGCUGCUCUCCGAUUCUGAGAAACGUCCGUAUAUCGACGAGGCCAAGAGGCUGCGGGCUCAGCACAUGAAGGAGCAUCCGGACUACAAGUACAGACCCCGGCGCAAACCCAAGAGUCUCCUGAAGAGAGACCGUUUUGUUUUCCCGCUGCCGCCUUUACUCGGGGAGGCAGCGGAGCACUUGAAGGGAUUUUCCAUGGACUCCUUCCUGGUCCCCGGUGAUAAAGCCAGAGCUCUCCUCGCUCCCUCCUCCUCCUCGUCCUUCUCUCUACUGGAACCGGUGGCGCAGUUCAGCACCGGAGCUGUCCAGCGGAUGGCGGAGAUACCGCACACUCUGGCCGCAGGCGCUCUGCCCUACGGCGCGCAAACCUUUGGGUACCAGACCGGUGGGAUUGGGGGGCUGGCGUGCCCCGGACAGCACACCCACACCCACCCGUCACCCACCAGCCCGGGAUACGUGCUGCCAUGUAACUGUAGCCCUUGGUCUGCGGCCAGUUUACAGCCUCAGGUGGCUUAUAUUCUUUUCCCUGGAGGGAUGACCAAGAGCGGCAUGGACUCAUAUACUUCACCCAGCUCCAGCGUGUGA